AUGCCUGCAUACCAUUCCACAUUCCUUGGAGAAGAAUCUCAAGACGCUAGAACAAUUGGUAAUCUAUCACUACUCCCCUUCAAAACCAAGUUUCGUGGUCCUGCUUUCGAAACGGAUCAAGAUUAUGAUAUAGUGGAGGAGACAUUAGACUUGUUUAGAGCUAAUUCGUUUUUCAAAAACUUUGAAAUCAAAGGCAAUGCUGAUAGGUUGUUGAUUUAUGGAAUCUUGUUUAUUAGCGAUUGUUUGGGGAAGCUCAAUAAAACGAUGCCACACCGAGAAGCAACUAGAGUAUUGAGUAAUUUGAGUCUUGACAAUUUCGCUUUACCCGGUGAUAUCUCGUUCCCAUUGAAUUCAUUGUACUUGCCACCAAAGACUAGAGCUGAUGCUGAUUUAUUGAGGGGUUACUUGACGCAGUUUAGACAAGAGUUGGCUGAAAGGUUAUUAAAUAGGAUUUACGCAGACGGUGGAGACGUACCUAGUAAAUUCUGGUUGGCAUUUACAAAGAGAAAGUUUAUGAACAAGAGCUUGUAG